GCGACGAAAGUGAAUGAAACCAUAAUCAAAAUCGUUAGGGAACUGCAUACGGUCGGCAAUCCGAACAUGGCUGGCCCCGACAAAACGCCGCUAAAACGGACUUUUAGCCCGUGCUCGUUAGAGAGUAGCAUGGAUGAAGGGACGCCCUUGAAAAGGCUGAAAAGGGAGAGCACACUUAACCUAUCUUGCCGGGCUUCGCCCAUGGAGGUGAAUCAUAUGAGGCACGAACUGCGGACAGCUAAAGCCACCGUGCUUGAUUUGGAGCAUCGAAUCCAGCAGAUGCACAAUGCUCGAAAAGCUAUGGAGGAGGUGUUCGACAGUGAAACUAAAUCUUUGAAGAGACAGCAUGAGUACGAUAGGAAGACUAUUGAAGAGCUGGAAGAUCAUCUUCAGACUGUUAGGAGAAGAGAGACUGCAGUAAAGUUGGAACUCUCAGAGAUUAAAGCCAAGUACGAGCAAUUGAAGGUGGCCUCUGACGAGGAAAUUAUGGCCCUGGAAAAAGAAAUUGCAGACUUGAAGAAUGACUCGCAUUGUGCGAACACCGAAGGCAGCAUCGAGUCAUUUAAGUUGAAGAGAAAGAUUGAAGAACUGCAGUAUGUCUUGCAUGCUGCAGAAGCAGAUGCCGAAGUCCAAAAGAAGUUGGCUGCCGAACUUGCAAAACAGCUAAACGAAAAGAACUCGACUGAUAUCGAACUAGAGCAGGCCAACGUCGAGCUGCAGAAGGCCAAAAACCAAAUUAGGCAGUUGAAAAUGGCGAAGGAGGACUACUUGGAGGCCCAACAACAAGCAAAGUCACAAGCCCACAAAUUGGCAAAAUUCGCAGAAAUGGAGAAGGAAAAUGCGCAGCUUAAAGAGGAUUUCGCGCGGCUGAAAGACAACUUAAAGAACAAACUUCUACUGGAGGAAGAAGUACAUGACUUGAAAAACCGGCUGACAAAGUCAAAAGAGCUGGAAAAGCGGGCAGCUGAGCUUCGAGCAAAGUGCGAUCAAAACGAAAUGUAUCUUAGCGAAUGGAAGGCUGUGGCUAGAGGUUUUUGCGAGACCACCGAAAGUGACGCUGUUCUACCACAUCUGCUUCGGUCGGCGAUUGAACGACUGCAGCAGCAAGAACUUUCGCUUACAGCGGAAAAAGUGGACUUUGAAGGCCAGCUGAAGUCUGCCCAGCUUGCAGCAAAACUAGCGCAGAGUCAACUAGAUAAACACCAAAAGCACAUCAACGACUUGAAAUCGACUGGAGAGGCAAAGCAGACGCUAAUUCAUCGGCUACAGAAAAAGUUACUGUUGAUUAGCCGUGAAAGGGACAGCUACAGAUUGCAGUUGGAUUCCUACGAAAGGGACUUGACAAUGGUGGCCAGCUGUAAUGAUGGCGCCGAGCCGGGCUCCAGCAUUGCUCAGAGGCAGAAGGAAAGAAUCGACAGCCUGGAGAAGAUCAUCGAUGGCUACAGAGAUCUGCUGGCUAAGCUCGAGAGCGACCUGCAAGAAGCUCAGCCGCAACUUUAUGCAGAAUCCGUCCCUGUAAGGCAACAGCAACUGUCCAGACUUCAAGAUGAUGUUGCUAAGUUGCGGCACGAGAACGAACAGUUGCGCGAAGCGCGCGACAAAUUGGAAAUUCAACUGGAAUCGUUGUCUGAAGGGCAAGACAUAGUGAGUGAAGGACAGGUCGUCCAUUUGGCCUCAAACCCGUUUUCGGAAGGAGUUGGCAGAAGGGAACAACAAUUGGAGCAAUUGAAGGAGGAAAACCUUCGGCUCAAGUCCAAAUUGAAGAAAAUGGAAGAAGGCAUCGAAACAAGUAAACUGGGUGAUGUUUCAAUUUGCCCUAAAGAAGUCCAGGCCCUCAAAGAGCAAAUCAAGAACAAUGAGAAGCAAACUCAAAGACUGAAAGACUAUUUCAAGACGUCGAUGCAGGAUUUCCGUAACGUGAUUUACAUGCUGUUCGGUUACAAAAUCGAUAGACCGUCAAAUUCCAGCAUCUACAAGUUAAGGAACAUGUACGCUGAGAGUGCUGAUAACAUUCUGUGUUUCGAAGUGAAUCAAGAGGGCGAUCUGAACUUGCUGGAGAAUGAAUUCAGUGCCACUUUGGGCUCUAUGAUCGAUUUGCAUUUGAUUCAUCAGAAUUCGAUUCCGGUGUUUCUAAGCGCCAUUACGAUGGACUUGUUCCAUCAAAAAACUAUCACUUGACUGUGCUGAAUUUAUAUGGUUUAUUUUCGCUGAAUGUAUUUGGUAAUUUUAUUUUCAAAUGCGACACAUUUUGAAGCUUUUUGUUUUCAUGUUGUUAAUUAUAAGGAUAAUUUUUCUUUCGGGUCAA